AUGGAACAGUGUCUCCACACAGCACAGCAGCCCCUACACCCGGGGACUCCACAGGAGGAUGGUUUUUCAGGACCUUCAGUAGAGUCUGACAAGAUAGAGUCAUCUCUUUGUAGCAUCGAGAAGUUUGUUCCUACAGAUUAUUCCAGCUACACACAAGAGCACUAUUGGUUCGCAGGCAAGAAGAUCAUCAUCCAAGAAUCCAUCGAGAACUAUGGCACGGUGGUGUGGCCAGGGGCUACAGCUUUGUGCCAAUAUUUGGAAGACCAUACAGAGGAAUUAAAUCUUCAAGAUGCUAAGAUACUUGAAAUUGGUGCUGGACCGGGCCUUGUUUCCAUUGUGUCCAGUCUUUUAGGAGCCCAAGUCACAGCAACAGAUCUGCCUGAUGUUCUAGGAAAUCUUCAAUACAAUCUCUUUAAAAACACACUGGAAUGCACAGCUCAUCUACCUGAAGUGAAAGAACUGGUAUGGGGGGAAGACCUGGACCACAAAUUCCCUAAGUCAACCUUUUAUUAUGAUUAUGUUCUAGCCUCUGAUGUUGUCUACCAUCACUACUUCCUGGAUAAACUGCUUGCUACAAUGGUGUACCUUUCCCAGCCAGGCACUGUGGUCCUUUGGGCAAACAAAUUCAGAUUCAGCACUGAUUAUGAAUUUUUAGAUAAAUUCAAGCAAGUUUUUGAUACCACUCUCUUGGCUGAACAUUCAGAGUCAUCAGUCAAACUUUUUAAAGGGAUACUAAGAUGGGGCUGAAACAUAAAGAGCCUUUCAAAGUAUCAGUGUCUUGUGAGAUAUUAGAAGAUAACAUUAUUCCAUACUGGUACAGCUAGAAUAAGUGCAACUUAAUAUACAACUUUCUAAGAUUAGAUAAGAUUAUGUGGUCAGUAUAAGUAUCUACAGAGUGUAACACAGAAACAUGAAAGCAGCCUUGCUGAUUUCCCAAGUCUUAGCUAAGUGCUUAGUACAUUUUACAAAGUUAAUGAACAAGUUGGUUUCUCCUUGUAUCUGCUAUAGUGCCUGGAUAAUAUGCUUUUGUCAUAAUUGCUGACACUGACCAUGACAUGGUCUCAUGGUGUAUCACA